AUGCGCCAAUUUGGCUCGUCUUUGAAUCACAAUGGCAUGUCUCUCUUCAUUGCUACUGUUCCUGAAGGGACAGAGCUUUAUCAUGGAACAUCGACGAAGGACCGCGUCAAUGGCACACAAUGGCUUGCCUUUGAGCCCGAGCAUGCUUUGAUCUUCGCCCGAGGUCGUCGAGGCCCGCCACCUGGACAUCCUCCUGGCAAUGGUCAGGCACCUCCACAUGAAGGGGACCAUCGACCACCAGGAGGGCCUUAUCAAUCUGAAGAAGUCACAAGUCUCCCAAAGCUUGUCGAUGGAGACGAAAACAAGCAACACCAUCUUCCUGAAGAUCGACCAAGACAUGGUGAUGGCAUAGAUGGCAAAGGUCACCCGGGCAAGACUCACAGCGACAAAGGAUGCCACGGCGCUUCAUCUGAACGCCUUCAUGAUGACCCACCUCGGCGCUGCCCUCCUGGCGAAGGUCACCUUCCAUGUCCUGAUCCUUCAGGUGAGNNGGACUAUCGUGGACCCCCUCACAGAGGCCCUCCAUUUAGGCAUCACGAACCUCCACCAGAAUGGUUCGAAUACGAUGAUGAACAUCUUGAUGAGGAUCAGAUUCAUCACGAGCACCAUGGACCACCGUCACCUCACGAGUCUUCUAAUGAUCGUGGUCACGAUCAUCCCAAACACCGAGAAUCUCCUCUGCCACCGAUCGGCUACUGGGUUCAUCGUCUAGGAGACCUGCUGCGCAAUCCUAAGCGGCGCCAUGCACCACCUCCUCACGAAAAAGCAUCUGAACUUAUCCAACCCGAGAUGAUUGAGACACGAGCAGAACAAGAACCACUGGCCCCAGGCGAUCCAGAAAACCAAAGUUCAGGAUACUUGCAUACUUACCGCACGAGACAUAGUCUGCGCCUGCUUUACGUAGACGGCCAAUCCGCUGCAAAGUCGAACAAGGGAACUCUUGACACCCAGGAUGUGCUGCUUCUAGAGGACAGCAUAGACCACGACUCGGGUAUGUUUGGCGAGNNAGAGCGCGCAGCUCAAUUGUGCAAGCUGGCUCAUGAGAAAUGGAACCAUCGCAUUGAUGGCAUCCUCCGCAUGGAAGGUGGAUUUGAGAUCAUCUUGUGCGACUUUGCUGCUCAUCUGAAUGUUGUCAGCAUCGCGAAGACGAACCCUAAGGCUGGUGGUGGCUUUGGCGGGGGCAAUGACAAUGGCGAUGGUUUCAAUUACUACCGCGCUGUCGCCGCUCGUUAUCACGAUAUUGGUGGAGGUCGCGUGGUGCUCGACUAUGAGGACUUUAUCUCUGCUUUUGCCUACCCGGAAGCCAUAUCCUUUGACGGUACUGGUCGUCCUCGCCUCGACAACGGAUCUGCUGCGAUUGAUGAUAUGCGCCGAGCCGUGGACAAGAUGGUUCUACGCAAAAGCGAUAACUAUGAAACUGUCAAUUGGCAAGCUAUCGCCGACAUGGUUGUUGCACGUUACGCAGAUCGCAUCAAGUACAUCGUCUCUGGUUCUCUAAAGUCUCUCGAGGCAUUGCAAUCAGAGAUUGAGCGUGCGCUGCGCCCAUUCAUCGACUACAGUGCUCGUAACAGCAGUGCAGAGGUCGAAAGAUGCGCCUCGCAGUUUAUGCCUAGUCAUGUUUCCAGCGCAUCGACCAACGUGGCAGCUCAAGCCAUUCGACAAGUAACAAAUACGCUAUGCUCUAGCUUGGUGACCGCACUUGAACAAACGGACUACGACAAGGCUCUAGACCAGAUCAAGCAAUUGAAGGAGUAUCUAGCCUGGACGACAUGGAAGCAAUGCCGUGGUUGUGCGGUCGAUGAGAUUUGUUUCCUGCCCAUCUGGCCGGUCGGGACAGCGGAAGACUUUGAGCAGCCAAAAUGCAGGUCUGAUGUGAAUCUUGGACCUGGUCAUGGUGGAAGCUAUUGGAGUGAUUUUGGCGGACCUGGGCACAAGGGACCUGGACCGCAGAAGCGUAGGAGGGGUGUUUGA